AUGAAGACCGCUUACGAGAGAUGGAUUGAAGCUAAUCACAAUCUUAACAAGUGCUUUGAGUCUGUUUCAAACGAUCAAUACAGUACCCUUUCAAAGUUGGAACAAGAUUCACUCUGCCACUCUGAGAGACAAGAGGUUGCCAACUUCCUCACCACAAACUAAAUCACCUUUGCUAACCUAUUAAAGGAGAGAUUAGAAAUCGUCAACCAUGCCCAACACUGA